GGCGCGGCAGUCUGAAUUACUUCCUCUUCAAAAAGUGAAUAUAAAUUAGUUUGAGCUGAACCCUGUAAUCUCAAAUAAAUUUUAUUGUUCUACUGCAAAUCGCCUAGCAGGAAAAUACAAGUAUGGUUCUGAUGAAUCAUCGUAUGUGAAAAUUUACAGUACUUUUUAUCAACGAUUAAGAAAUAUCUUAUCGGAAGAAGCUUGGAGAUAUUGUUUAUCAGUCCCAGAAACAGACAGCUUCAACGAGCUAAGUCAAACAUGCUGCUUUUGCUUCUUUCCGCUUGUUUUUUGGGGUUCAUAACAUUACUUAUUCUUUUUUUGAAAUAUGUUGAUGCAGAUUUGACACUUUACUAUUAUGAUUACUUGGAUGAUGUGUCAGAUCGAUUACGGAAUAAAGUCAUUUGGAUCACUGGAGCUUCUAGUGGCCUAGGGGAAUAUUUGGCGUAUGAACUGGCCAAACAUGGCAAUAAACUCAUCCUUUCUGGAACGAAUAAAGAGAGAUUAGAAUCUGUGAAGGCUAAAUGCAGUGAGAUUGGGUUACCGGAAGAUGAUAUUCUCGUCUUACCCUUCAAUAUGACAGAUUAUGAUGUCCAUGAAGAAUGUUUUAAAAAAGUUCUGCAAAAAUUCGAAAAAUUGGAUGUUCUGGUGAAUAACGCAGGUCGUUCGCAAAGGGCGAAUUUUGAGGACAUCGAUAUCUCAGUCGACAAGGAACUGUUCAACAUAAACGUAUUUGCUACCCUAAACUUAACGCGUAAAGUUCUUCCUCAUUUCCUGGAAAAUAAGAGUGGUCAUUUUGUCGUUACGAGCAGUUGCGUAGGAAAAAUGGGAGCCGCUUCUUCAGCAUCCUAUACCGCUUCCAAACAUGCAUUACAUGGAUAUUUUGAAACUCUUCGAACAGAAAUGAGUGAUAAGAAUUUAGAUGUCACAAUCCUUUGUCCAGGACCUGUAUUUUCAAGAUUUUUAGAAAAUGCCUUCACUGGAGCUCCAGGACAAAAAUUUGGUAAACCCACACUCUCUACCGACAGAAGAAUGCCAACGGAUCGUUGUGGCAGGUUGAUGGCCGUAGCCAUAGCUCAUAAAGUCGAUGAAGCUUGGAUAUGCAUUCAGCCAUGUCUGAUUUUCUACUACCUAGCUCAAUAUACACCUACAUUUUUUAGAAAGAUUAUUAUAGGAAAGCUAUAUACUGCAGACCGUGCUGAAAAAUUGAGGGAAGGCAGAUGGUGAUAUUGGUAUUUCACGAGUUUUUCUGCAAUUGUUCUCUCAAACACAAGGACUGCCACUAAUGAUUUUUUGUACGAGGAAUGAAUAAGAGAAAUUGUUAAAAUUCAGAGAGAUUUUUUGUAAAAAUAUUUUUUUUUUAUUAAAUAAAUCAAUUUUUAUGGAAAAUUUAUUCAGAAUAAGUUU